GAUGAACAGAUGGAGACAGUAAAAAGGAAAAUGUUGGAAGGUUCUGAUGAAGUUAGCUGGGUGAGAUUUAGCACUUUGGAUAAUGAAAUGAUUUAAAUCAAUACAUUUACUGCUGAACGUGUCCAGCUGUCGGCGUUCCCUUGUUUUAAAAUCUUUUUGUGGAUUAUAUUUUAUAAUUCAAAAGAUUUUGCACAUAAAGCAAGAAAAAAAAGUUUCUCCCCAGCUUUGGUUGUGAAAAAGCUGGAUGUGUUUGGAGGCCCAACUUUUAAUAUAUUUAUUAUAUAUUUUCAUCUUCUGGCAUUAUGAUUAAUAAAUCAGAGGCUCAUUUGAAACAUGCAAAAAAAGGGCAGCAUACAUCAUCAUCAUCAUCAUCAUCAUCAUCAUCAUCAUCAUUAUGACUCACACACAAACAUAACAAGGUUUAUUUGAGACUGGAGCGGUGAGAAGACAAACAGAACCAGAACCAGAACCAGAACCGUCCUGCAGGAUGCUAAACCAAAUGGAGCAACCGUCCAACUCUUCGUCCAACUCUUCGUCCAGCUCCUCUCCAUAUCCUCCAUUUGUACCUUGCUUUACCUCUGAAAUAAAAUCACUAAUAAUCAGCCUCUCAGUUGCUCAUGCGUUGCUGUUGCCUCUUUUCCUCUACGUCAUCACCGUCGGUUACCAGCGAUGGAGGAAAGACGGUUUCCUGGCUCCCUUCACAACGUGGAGCCACAUCGACGUCUUCACCUACAACGUGGUUUUCCUGGACCUGUUUAAUAUCUUUGGGACGUUUUUCUACUUUCUUGGUGCCGUCACUAAAAGAUCAGAUGUCCAGAUGGCAGGAAGUGGCAUGUUUGGGGUUUUCUUUUCAGGUCAGACUCUGUUCCACCUGCUCACCUGUAUGGAGCGCUACCUGGCCGUCGUCCAUCCCGUCUCCUACCUGCGUCUCAAAGGCUCAGCAGGCGUCAGGGCCAGAAACGUCACCGUCGGAUGUGUUUGGAUGGUUUCCAUCCUGAUAAUGGCUCUGAUUGUACAGCGUGUUAUUCCCUUUGUCAUCAUCAACGUUUUGCUUCUGUCCUUCACGUCUUUAGCUUUUGUUUUCUGCAGCCUCUCUGUUCUCUGCGCUCUGAUUGGUCCAGGGCCUGGCAGGACCAGGAACAGGGUCGACCAAUCAAAGAGGAGAGCUCUGAACACCAUCCUGAUCAUCACAGGAACUCUUUUCCUCAGGUUCAUCAGCAGUAUGAUUUCCUCCAUUUUACAAAAUGUAACUUCACAUUUUGAAUAUCUUUAUUGUUUGAUUGGAUGGAGUUCAGUCUGGUUCUUGGUGCCCAGCAGUCUGGUCUUACCGCUGCUGUUUCUGCAGAGGGCAGGAAAACUGACCGUCUGUGGGGCAAAAAUCAAAUAAUUUUACUUUUACAGUACUGGCUCAAACUUUGGCUCAUUUGUUUUCAUUUUUACUUUCUUGACUUCGUUUCCUUCAUGUUGAGAUCAACCAGUUCCUGCAGCUUACUGGUUUAUUAGUAACUAAGUUAAACCCUUUAUAACUUCCUCCAUGUUUAACUUUAUCAAUGCAGAAUUAAUCAACGGACGUUCAAUUCAUAGUAAUAAACAAACUUAAUAAAAUGUUAUAUAGAUUAUAGAUUAUGGGUUCAUAGAUUAUAGAUGCCUUUUGAACUGAUGAUGUUUUGGUCAAAUGUUGACAUUUUCUGGUUCCAUUCAACUAAAUAAAUAAAAUCAGAAUAAAGCU